AUGCAGGGGGUGUUCAAGAAAGCCUUAAAAAUACUUCAGCAAACCCAGGCUCUCCUAUGGAAAAAUAUUCUUCUGGUGUGGAGGAGGAAGACAGAAAGUUUUCAGGAAUGGGCCACGUCAGCGGUUUUUCUCUUAAUAAUACAAACAUCAGCAAGUAUGAUAUACCACUACCCACGGCAAGAAAUCCCUUACAAGUUCCUGGGACAGUUGGAUGAUGCAGCCUUCAACGCUACACAGGUUACACUCGCAUACACUCCUGUAACAGCCACCACCAGGCACAUAAUGAGCAAAGUGGCUUCGGAUUCUGCAAUGACAGGUAUAACAAUAGAAGAGGUGGACAAUGAGAGAGAGCUGGAAACAAGAGGAAUUUUGGAGGAAGACGUUAUUGGUGUUGUUUUUAAGGAUGACUUCUCCUACCGUCUCAGAUUUCAAAGCUACAGUGUGGUGUCUCCAAAUGAUGCCUUCGAACACAUCGAUACCUGCUCUAAUUUUUCAUCAGAUACCUGCCACGUUCCCUUGUACUGGUAUGCAGGUUUCCUAUCAUUGCAGACCAGCAUCGAUGCAGCAAUCAUAGAAAUGAAAACAAACCAUUCUGUGCGGGAAGAGAUGAAGUCAAUCCGUGGCGUUCGCCUGAAAUCGCCCUUGAUCAAGCCUGUGUAUAAAAUGGAUUAUUUUUGGUUCAUUACUUACAUUAUAUUGUGCUUCUCCCCAUACAUGUACUUUUUAUCAGUGAAAGUUAUAAGAGAGAAAAAGAAGCUGAAGGUGUUAAUGAGAGCAAUGGGUUUGCAAGAUAUCGCAUUCUGGUUAUCCUGGAGCUUGCUGUACACUUUUUACAUUUCAAUAACAGCAACUCUGCUGACGCUGAUCACGAUCACAGGAGUCGUCCAUGACCACAGCUUUUUUGAAAUAUACUUCUUUUAUUUCUUUUAUGGCACAGCAUCUAUUCACUUCUGUUUCAUGCUCAGCUCGUUGCUAAAGCAGCCAAAUAUUGCCAGUUUUGUGGGCUUUGCCCUCCAUGUCCUCCUUGGAUUGUCGGGCUUUUUGACAUUCUUUGAAAAACUACCGUUGUAUUUGGAAUGGAUUUUAAAUCUCUUCAGUCCUUUUGCCUUUACAGCCGGCAUCUCAAAGAUGUUAAAAUUAGACAAAUAUGGACCAGCCUUUACUCCAGAAUUGUACCCUUUCUUUAACCUAUACCUCAUACUGAGCCUUGACAGUGUCUUGUAUUUGCUGUUGGCCAUCUACUUUGAUAAGGUUUUGCCCGGCAAGUAUGGAGUACCAUACCCACCCUUGUUCUUCCUGAGACCAUCGUACUGGUGCAAGCCCAGGAGUGGGUACAUGGGGGUACAAGCUGGCAGUGAGAGCAGCAAUGAUCCUGUCCUCAGCAAUAACAUUGAGCCAAUGCCUCCAGGCUUUGAUGGGAAGGAAGCAAUCAGACUAAACAACGUUAAAAAAACAUACAAGAAGAAGGACAAGAGAACAGAAGCUCUAAGGGGUUUGUCCUUAAGUAUAUAUGAAGGCCAGAUCACUGCGUUACUUGGUCACAGUGGAUCUGGAAAAACUACUCUCUUAAAUGUGCUCAGUGGAUUUUCCAAGCCUUCAGCAGGUUCUGCAACGAUAUACAACCACAAAGUUUCUGAAGUAUGGGAUAUGGAAGGAAUUCAGGCAAUGGUUGGGAUUUGCCCCCAGUUAAAUUUGCAUUUUGAAGCCUUAACAGUGAAGGAAAACUUGAGAACUUUUGCUCACAUCAAGGGGAUUCAGCAGAAGGAAGUAGAGCAAGAGGUGCAGAAGGUUCUCGUGAUGCUGGACCUCACUGACCUUCAGGAUGUUCACGCUGAUGCUCUGAGUGGAGGACAGAAAAGAAAAUUGUCUCUUGGAAUUGCAAUUUUAGGGAAUCCCCAGGUGCUGCUUCUAGACGAGCCGACGGCUGGCUUGGAUCCCUGCUCCAGGCACCACGUGUGGAGCCUUCUGAAGGAGCACCAGGCUGGACGCGUGAUGCUCUUCACAACCCAGUCCAUGGAGGAAGCUGAUGCUCAUGCUGAUCGGAAAGCUUUCCUCUCAAAUGGGAGAUUACAGUGUGUGGGCUCAUCUCUGUACUUGAAGAGAAAAUGGGGAAUUGGCUAUCACUUGAGGAUGCACAUAAAUGACCUUUGUGACCCUGAGCUUAUAUCAUCCCUGGUCAGACAGUACAUCCCCAAUGCUGUGCUCAAAGGACAGAAAGAGGGAGAGCUGUGUUAUAUGCUACCUUUGGAAAACACUGAUAGCUUCCCAGAUCUCUUCAGCCAUCUCGAGAGCAGCCUUUCACAGGGUGUUGUUAACUAUGAGGUUAGCAGGACAACCCUGGAAGAGGUUUUCCUGAAGCUGGAGGGUGAGGAAGCCAUCGGUCAAGAAGAAGACAGAGACCUGGAGGAGAGGGACCAAAGCCUCCUGGUGUUUUCUGAACAGAGAAGCACAGCAGUGACCGGGAUGGAGCUCUGGAGGCAGCAAGUGUGUGCUGUGAUGAGAGUUCGCUUCUUAAAGCUAAAGCAUGAAGGAAAGUUUCUCAGGUCCAUAUUGCUGUUCUUUGGAAUAUUCAUCCUUCCAAUGAUGAUGAUUUUUGUUGGAUUUCAACUGUGGGACACCUCCAGUAGCUGGGAAAUCACUGCCACCUUGUAUUUCCUUCCCACUGAAGAGAAAAUGCAAAAUAAGUCAUCAAACCUUCUCAUCGUCAAUGACACAGGGUCAGAAAUUGGGGAUUUCCUUGCUGCUUUGAAGAGUCAAAACAUAACCCCAGAAAUAACUCUGGAGAAAAACAUCACAAGCAUUCCACAGUAUAACGGAGCUAUAAAAAUAUCCCUGGAAGGCAAGAACUACCAAUUCACGGUCAUGUGCAGCGCAGAACCCAUCAACUGCUUCCCCGUGCUGGUGAAUAUCCUCAGCAACACCUUCCUAAGGCUCUUCAAUUCCACCGCGCGCAUCCGCGUCUGGAGCGACCCCUUUUACAGUACACAAAGCCUAGAAGUAAAGAGUGAUAUCUUUUUCAUCUGCCUCAGCUACAUGCUGAUUUUGGCUGCUGGUUUGCCUCCUCAGUUUGCAAUGAGCAGCAUUGAGGAUCACAAGCUCCAGGCUUGUGCCCAGCUGCGGCUCGCAGGGCUCUUCCCCUCAGCAUACUGGUGCGGGCAGGCGCUGGUGGACAUCCCACUCUUCUGGGCCCUGGAGUGCCUCAUGUUUGGGAUCCUGCUGCUCUUCAACCGCAUCUGCCCCUUGCAGACCGACACCAUGCUGCCCCUGAUCUUUUGCACCAUUGGUUAUGGAGUAUCUCUUGUCCUCCUCAUCUAUUUAAUUGCCUUUAAAUUCCGCACAGGACGAAGCAAUCGUUAUAUUUGGUCUUUCAUUUUCAUUCUGGUGAAUUCUACUCUCUAUAUGCUCAGAGACAUAGAUGAAGCACUUCACUUCACCUUCUCUAUUUUGAUUCCUGUGUUUCCGCCGCUGGGCUGGUUGAUCUUCAGUACACCACUUUUCUCAUUGUUUCACAAUAUCGGUCUUCUUGAGGCGUGGAAUCACAUCUUCGUAGCUGUCUUUGCACCUUUCUUCCAUUGUGUGAUUUUUGCUUUUCUCCUGCGCUGUUUGGAGAUGAGAUCUGGAGAACCAGUUACGAGAUUUGAUCCCAUCUUCAGGAUCCAGAAGAGGAGACCGGUUGCCUGCCAGAACAGGGAGCACCCUGUGGAGGAGCCCCCAGAAGUCCAUGCAGAGAGGGAGAGGGUGAGGAAUGCGAUGGCCUCACUGCAGCAGGAGGAGUCAAUGAUUGUGGUCAACAGUUUGCGCAAGGAAUAUGAAGACAAGAAAGCCAGUUCCAUCUUUAAGAAAAAGAAGAAAGUUGCUGUCAAAAACCUCUCUUUUACUGUUAAAAAAGGAGAAGUAUUAGGUCUGUUAGGACCCAACGGAGCUGGAAAAAGCACCACUAUAAACAUGAUUUCUGGAGGCCUAACAGUGACUGCUGGGGAGGUAGAAAUUCUUCCCUGUGAGGCUGUCUCCACCCCGGGGCAGAGCAUCCCGGGAUGCCUGGGCUGCUGCCCGCAGCAGGACCCACUCUGGCCAGACCUCACUGUGCACCAGCACCUGCAGGUCUACAGUGCUGUGAGAGGGAUGAGGAAAGAAGAUGCAGCAGUUAUCAUCAGCCGCAUAGAAAAGGCUUUGGAUCUCCAGAAGCAUUUAAGAACCCCAGCUAGGAGGUUAUCUGCUGGAGAAGCCAGAAAGCUGUGUUUUGCGUUGAGCAUCCUGGGAGAUCCAAUGGUGAUGCUUUGGGAUGAGCCAUCAGUGGGCAUGGACCUGAAAGGGCAGCGCCGUAUGUGGUGAGCAACCAUGUUGAGAAGCGUGAAAGUGAUUCAGACUGCCAUGAAAAGCAAGGAUCGUGCAGCCAUCCUCAGCACACAGUACCUGGAGGAGGCAGAAGCGAUGUGUGACCGAGUGGCCAUCCUGGUGUCGGGUCAGCUACGGUACAUCGGUUCCCUUGAGGAUCUGAAAAGUAAAUCUGGCACAAGUUACCACCUAGAAAUCAAAAUGACGGACCCGGGGCAAAGCGAUGCUCUCCACACUGAAGUUCUGCACCUCUUCCCCUACGCAUCUCGGCAAGGAAGGACAACUUCUUCACUCAUCUACAAGAUACCAUUGGAAAACGCACUACCUCUGUCCCAGUCUUUCUCCAAGCUAGAAGCAGCUAAACAGAAUUUCAGGCUUGAGGACUACAGCUUGUCACUGCACUCUUUGCAACAGGUGUUUGUAGACCUCACCAGGGACCUGGAGGAGCACGAUCCAGACGCAGCAUCUGAUGGGGCUGUAGAGCAGAGACCGCUUCACCCCUGA